UGUUUUGUGAGCCACAGCUUUAUAUAUUCAGUCAACUCCUCCCGUCAAUAAGAGGAUCCCUUGUUAAUUUUUGAAGUUUUCAACAUGAGCCGUAGUAAGGUAAUCCCUAAACUCUCUAUUCGGUCUCCCGUCCAUCACACCAAAUUAAAAGCCCGGUCCACAGUCCAGUCUUCUAAGAAAGAAGAUUUACAUCUGAUUUCAAAAGACUCUUUGGAAUCUGAUUCAGAAGGUGUCCCUCAAGAGAUCAAGUCCCAGUCUGAACUUGAGGGCCGAAUCCAGGACAACAAUAUGGAACCCGAUAGCUUAGAGGAAGAAAGCCCUCAAGAGGAGAGCCUGAGUGAGACAGAAGAGGAGGCGAGCAGAAAAGUAGCUCAGAUGGCCAGAGAGGAAAACCACCAUUCCCAGGCCAAUGGCAACAGUCACAGCCAACAACCAGUAGAGGAUAAAUAUUCCGACCUCCGAUAUGAUCCAAACUGGAAAAAUAAGAAAGAGGAAGGGCAGUUGUUGACCAUGGAAGCAUUGCCGGAGUCUCUAACCAGCUCUUCAGAAAAUUUGACUUUGGAUCCACUCUACCCUUCCAAGGAGACCUCAGUGGAGCCCUCAGGUGGAAACGAUGAACACAAGACGAGCCCACAGAGCGAAGCCUCCUUACUUGGUAGUGAAUUUUUAAGCUCAAACUAUGAACGUCAUGCCCUUCUAGGCCAAUCGUUUUCCGAGCCGAGCGAUAGUGACCAGGAGGAGAAGUCGAGCAGCCUUUCUCAGUACUUGAAGAGUUCAAGUUCACAUAAUGAGGUUUUCCUGCCGGCAUCACGUGGCCCUCGGCGAAGGAAGCCCAAACAAUAUUUUGUGGAAAAAAAUAAGCUGACUUUAGGAUUACCUACUCCUAAAACGGACUCUUAUCUUCAACUUCAUAACAAAAAAAGGGGGGAAACUCACCUAGAACAGAUCUCCUACCCCAUCAGAGUAACUGACAAGACGCCUAUUCAGAAUGCCAAAGAAAUUGAAAAUGCUGCCAUCGAUCCUGAAGACAAAUGGCAUCAAAGAGCCCAACAGCUAAAGAAUUACCAGGAGCAGUGGUCUCAACAUGAAAACACAAAAUCAAGCAAUGUGCCCAGACGUCAAUCUUCUGAAUCAACAGACAACCAGCAACCUUCCAGACCAGCCAAGCACAAGAUUCGAAAGCAGCAUAAACGCCAGAAUGGCCUGAAAGCUUUAAUGACUAAAGACCUAGUUGCCAGUCAAGGAAACCAGGAUACCACACCCAGACAGCAGCAAAGCCAAAAUAAGCCUAUUGACACUUCAAUAAAAUGUGAAUCAGUUGUGAUUAUGAAUGCCCCUAACAAGGAUUUACAAGACUCAAGUGCACUCAGGAGCUGGAAUCCCAAAGGAACCCCCAAUAAAUUGGCUCCACCAAAACAGGCUUUUGACAAGGUACCAUAUAAAAACUCUACUGGCUUUCCCUCAGUGAUGAAUAUUAAUAAAGACAGGGGGCACAAAGACCAAGAAGAGAAAGGAUUUUCAUAUCAGCAGCUACACGUCAAUGCUGUUUCCAAUAUGGACUUGAACUACGUUAAUGAACUUUCUAAGACACAAGUGCCCCUGAGCCAGAAAGGUUCUCAGCCUGUAUAUAGCAUCAAUGUUAACGGAACAACUGAAAACAAGAAGCAACCCAAACAGAUUUAUGCGGAGACCAAAUAUAAGAACUUAGAAAUGUUAUGGAAAUUCCAUUCUUCCUCUGACAGCCCACCUGUUAGAGCUUCUCCAGAUACUCGGCUCACUGAGAUAAUGGGUCAGCAUCAGCGAGCCUUAGUGCUGCUGACAGAGGUGCAGCCCAGUGAGGAGGCCUUCUCCAGCAUCACAUUUCCACCCAUAAUGUCAAGGGUAGAAAGUGAAUCCCGACUCAGUUCAGAAAGAAGCCAAAGAAACCAAGCGAAAAUUAAUCGUAGCAAUUCUGAAGGCUAUCUGUUUCAACUGGAAAAAGGAAAGAGACACAAGAAAAGAAGCAGCAUUAAGAGUUCCAGGCUGAAAGGUUACCAGAAAAGAGAUGUGAAGCUUGGAGGCCUCGGACCUGACACUGAGUCCAUCAGAGACAAAAUGCACAAAUUAAUACAGCAAAAGGAAUACGCAAAACAAGUGAAGGAGCACAACAUGAAGACGCUCUCCAUCCUGCCAAAACCACAAAUGACAAAAACUGAGAAUAAAUCUGCCAUCCCUCGGCAGAAGGCUUUGGAAUAUGCUAAGACCAUCCCAAAACCCAAGCCAUCCAAUCUGACGGAUCAAGCAUCAAAGGAAACAAAAAAUCCGGCUUAUACUAGAAAGGAAGAAAGUUUACCUGAAAUCCCGCUGUUGGAAAUGCUGCAGAGCAGACACGAAAGAGAAAAGCAGGCUGUGGCUGCUUUCAAAGUCCUUCACAUUGUAUAG